AUGAGGCUACGAUAUAUUACGGUUUUUGAUCCAUCAAGAUCUACCAACGAAAAUGACACUUUCAAGCAGUUGUUGCUAUUCCAUUGUUUUGGCAGUACUCAUUCAGUUCCCUCCUUAAAUGAAAAGCUGUCCAUCAUAGGGAUAAUUCAGGGAAUAUGGUCAUUCACCAGUUCAUGUUCAAACGGUGACGACGGACAUAAAGAUUUAGAAAAAACUAUUGAGCUGAACAACGAUGUUAUUCUCUGCAUUAAAGUCGAAUCAAGGUUUUUUAUUAGUUUAGCAAUUUCAAAUAUUAGCGAUGAACAGAAUGCGAUACCCUUUCAAUAUUUCAAUGCUUACUUAUGGCUUAGUUACAAAUUCUUCAAGCUGCUAAAUGGACCUUUUUCCCGAUUUAACGAGGAUUUUAAUAAAUUAACAGAUUCAUUGAACGAAUUUGUUAUCCCGUUCUGGAAUGAUAUUUAUCUAAAUCUGGAAACAAUAACGAAUAGGUCCUUUACUAUAAUAUGGCCUGGGUUUUACAAAAGAGCGAACUUCCAGCAAGCCUCUUAUAGCCCUGUAAACAAAAACAUUGUCAAAGAAUCAUGGGAUGCUAUAAUCUUACAAAACAUUCUCUUGGAUAAGAAGAGCUAUUUGGGAUUAAAAGAUAUUCUAGUUUACCACUUGCCAAAAUGCACCAAGGCAGCUGAUAAAGAGUAUAUAGGAACAAAAACUUAUGGUCUAGUUAGGAACUUUACAAGUGAUCUAAACACACUACCAGACAUUUCUAAUUGGUUAUACCAUCUGCACCAUACCUAUGGUGAAAUAUCAAGCCAUAUCUUAACGGGAAAUGCCCAUUUCAAAGAGGAGUUACAAGUGGGAGAGGAACAAGAGCGAAAUCAAACCGCAGGCGAGAGACAAGAAGAAGAAGAAGCACAACAGCAGCAGCAGGAGCAACGAGAUAAUACACAAAAUAAUAAAAACGAUUUUUCUCUUUCGGAAAGAAUGAUACAUAAUGUAACACUUCCCAUUUCUUUUGCAUAUGACGCUAUACACGAAGUGAGUGCCACAACUGGAGUUUCGAGUAGUUUAUCCAUGAUAAUGGACUAUAUACCGAAGCCUCAUUGGCCGUUCAUGUCAUCAUCAAAUAGGAAUUCCGAUAACAAUAAAUACCCAAGCAUUAAUGAAAACACAAGUUCGAAUACCUCACUAGUAACGGAACCAGAGACAGUGGGAGGAACUAUAGGUAACUCAAGAUUUGGAUUCUUAAUAUCUCCAUUGAACUCCAAUCUGCUUCCAUCAUCAUAUCAGACCUUGAAGCUUAAUUUGGAUUUUGAAAACUCAAAAGGCAAUGAAGACUUUUAUAAUUGUCUAUUUUGGUAUUUUGACGAUUUUUUAGUUAUAAUUGUUUGUGAUCCAGAUUUUAGCAGGAUUUCAGAAAGGAGCUACUUAAAGGACUUGAGUUUCCGAUUGUGUCAGAGUAUGAAAUGUUUGACCAAUGAAAUUUUUAGCUCCCAAAAUUGCAAUAGCAUGGAGUCAUUCGGUUAUGUAAUCAAAGACAUUAUCACCAACGAAAUUGACUCAUCCGUUCCUUUUGGAUCUCCAAGAAUGGCUUCGGACGAUAAUAUUUCAACUUUGCAACUGGCAAUCAAUGGCAUAGAUCAAUUCAUUAAUAAUAGCUCAAAUUCGCUAUCAUCAACCAACUGGAAUCCAAUAUCUAUCAUGGGAGGUUUGAAUACUAAAAGCAAGAACAGUAUUACACCUGAUAGUUUAAACGAGACAAUUGAUAAUAAUCAAUCAUCCAAAAGAAAAUAUGUGAAUUUCUUGAAUUUAAUGAGCGCGGAUAAGUUAUGGGACUUGCAGAUUGAUGUCUUACAAUUCUUGGUCAGCUUACAGAAUUCCAAAAGAGACCCAGAAUACUUUCAGGAAGAAAGAUUAUUGAAAUUAAACAACGGUGUUUUAUGUUAUAUCAGAGAAACCGAUUCGAAAUUGAUUAUUAUCAUCAAAAAUUGGUUCUCGAAUAACGACACCACAAAGGCUAUGAAACAAAAGAAUCUUUCCAAUUCCAGUGCCUGGAGGGAAAGUUCGUUGUUUCGAAGUUUAGGUUGCGAUGUAAUUGAUUGGUGGGAAUCCAGAGAUUUAUAA